AUGCGCACUUUGUGCUCAAUGGCUGCUUUAGCUUUGGCUAAGCCACAAUACAAUUAUGGUAGUGGUAUUUCGGGAAGCUUUGGAGGCACUGCUGGAAGUUCUGGCAACGUCGGAGGCUUCAGCGGUCUUGGCUUUGGAGGAUUGGGCGGUAGUUCUGGGGGUUCAUUGGGAGGUAGUGCUAUAAAAUUCCAGGGAGGUAGUGGUGGUGGAUUCUCUUCAGGAUCUAUUGGCGGUGGUUCUUCAUUUGGUUCUGGAUCUACAGGUGGUGGUUCUCUUGGCGGUGGUUCAUCAUUCGGUGGUUUCCAAUCAACUUCAUCAUCGAACUAUAAUCAAUUUUCUCAACAGCAACAGCAACAACAGCACUCUGCCCAAUUUGAAGCUCCUUUCGUGCACAAACAAUUCAUCACUGUUGCUGCACCAGAAGAUAAUGAAAAUUUGGAACGCACCAAACACUUAGUUAUUGGUCGCCCUCAAAAGAACUAUCGUGUAGUUUUCAUUAAAGCGCCAUCAUCGAGCAAUGCCAAUGUCAAAUUGUCUGCUGAAUAUGCUCCUCAAGAAGAAAAGACAGUCAUUUAUGUUUUGUCCAAAAAGGAUAGCUCUUUGGAAGUUGGUGACAUCGCCACACCUGCUCCAUCAGUGCCCAGCAAACCUGAAGUAUUCUUCAUUAAAUACAAGACCGAAGAAGAAGCCCAACAUGCUCAAAAACAAAUUCAAGCUGAAUACGAUAGAAUCGAAGGCUCUUCUGAACAUACUGAUGCUGGUGUUGCUCCCCAACAGUCAGUUGUUGGUAUUUUGGAUGGAGUUAGUGGUGGAGCUUCAGGUGGUAGUGCUGGUGCUGGUGCUGAUUUCGGUGGUGCUGGUUCUGGAAUUUCCGGUUCAUUUGUUGGUGGUUCUUCAAGCUCUACUAGCCACAACGCCGCUAAAUCUUCAGCGUACUUGCCUCCAGCUGGUCAUUAA